AUCCAAGAUGACUGGCCGAGGCAAAGGAGGAAAAGGACUGGGUAAAGGGGGAGCCAAGCGUCAUCGCAAAGUGUUGCGCGAUAACAUCCAGGGCAUCACCAAGCCAGCGAUCCGCCGUCUGGCCCGUCGUGGAGGUGUGAAGCGUAUCUCCGGUCUCAUCUACGAGGAGACGCGUGGCGUGCUGAAGGUGUUCCUCGAGAACGUGAUUCGCGAUGCUGUGACGUACACGGAGCACGCGAAGCGCAAGACCGUCACCGCCAUGGAUGUGGUGUACGCUCUGAAACGCCAGGGCCGCACGCUGUACGGUUUUGGAGGUUAAGGAGGCGGCGUCAAACGACGACGCC